AUGCUCACCUCCGAUUCUUUCCUGCCCUCGGCAUUCACCGACCACGACCCAAAUAUGCCCCCGUCCGCCGUCAUCUCGCCGCUGUCAUUAUCGCGAAUGGCCAACUCGCCCUGCUACUUCGACAACAAGUCGACAUCCAACGUCCCAGGGCAUUCUUUGUAUUCCACUCAAUCCUCUGGCGCUGUGCGCUACCCGCCGCCAUCACAAAGCUCCCUUCAACCUCACUUGCGUCCCAACGGCGCCAACGGCCUAAACAGUCUCAACGGUGUUGUCUCGUACGAUCAGAUGUCGAGGGUCGUUUCGCCAUCACAUCCCGAAAACUUGGCCAGUUACAGCUCGUCGGCUUUCCCGCCCCCCGUCAGAGUUUCGCCAAACGGUAUGCCUCAUCCGCGGUCAGUCUCCGCUGACGCAGCUUCGGCUCCGGCGUCCGCGCAGAUUAUUCGACGGCUGGCCCAGCAAAAUGCACGGAUACGGGAGGCGUGGGAAGCCGAGCGCAAGUACAUGGAAGCAAACCGUGAGCGCGUCGAGGAAGUCUACAGGGAGGAGCGAAUGAUCAUGGAAGACGAGCGUCUUGCGUGGGAGGCUGAGAAGGCGACCUUGCUGGAGCACAUCAGCCGCCUCAAAAACCAAGUUGCAGUGAUCGACGCCGACAAGAUUCGCCUUCAAUGCGCACUGCAGCGAUUCGAGCUGGAGAAGGCAGGCAAAGUCGCCGGCGUCACCGUUGCAAUCCCAGGAACAGGAACGCGAGGUGGUGGGGCCGACGGCUCCACUCAACUUUCCUUCCCAGGAUUCUCCUCGCAACUCAAUGACGCGCGCUUCGGCCUCUCCAACGGGACGACAGAGCGCAAGUCAACCAAUGGCUCUGCCUCAGCCUCUGUCUCGCCAACCCAGAUCCGACCUCGGUUUAUUAGUCCUGGCAGCUCCCGCAUUUCUCCAUCCAGGCAGCCAGAGACUUUGUCCUUCUUCCCCCUCAACCCCAACAUGCAGCCUACUACCGCCGAUCCCGUCGACUUCCUUGGCUCUCCCAAGGACGAGCAGCCCGUACCCAUCGUCGACAUCCAGAUCAUCAACCCUCAGCUUGAAGGCGUCCCCCUCAAGGCGCCUGCCAUUCAGAAGAGCACAUUUACCGACUCUGGCCCGACCCCGGAAAACUCGAAAUGCUCGUCUAGAAACGCAUCCCCGCCCGGUGGCUCUGCAAAGUCUAGGCGCAGCCCGACCCAGGAACACACCCUCCAGGUCCUCGCAGCUCCUGAGCCCGACAGGCUUGUUAUGCACGCCGGCCACACUCCUAGCCAUUCUCUAUCCGUAUUAGGAACCGCCGCCGGCACAGAGGUUGCGACGGCUACCGAGGGCACUGGGGGAUCCACGCCGACACUGGCGCCGACAGACAUGAGCUCAAACCCGGCGACCUUGUGUGAUGCCAAGGCAAGAUUGGAUUCGUCCGAUCUCCAGGAUGACGCUUACGGCGGCCCCGACGAGCCCCAACCCACGUUGGAGGCGACCGACGACGUCGCACUCAAGGGUCCUCUGAUGGUUCGCAACAUCCCUGCGCAUGACGAAAUCUUCUUCAAACGCUUGUCCGAAAAGCUCCAAGAUGUCAGCAGUGGCGCAGAUGCCGUUCCCACCUGCAUGAAGACCCCGAGCGAGCAUGAAUUCCCAGGCCCGACCGAGGAUAAGGAGAACCUCGUGGCGCCGAACCGGGACUCAGACGCGGCCAGCGACAGAGGCUCUGCCACCGACAGAGAUGAUUUGUCAGAGUCCCAAAACAAAGCCGAAGAGAUCGACGUGCCCUUGAAGCUCAAGAAGACCAUCAACUUUGGUGCCCCCUUAGGCUCCAUGUUCUAA